GAAAGCUUGAACCCUUUAGCGAACUUCCGGAUCCGAAACAGAGCCGAGCGAGAGAAGAAGAGAGCAGAAAAACCCAGUUAAGAGAUUUUUUAGCUUCCCCAGAAACACUGAUAUACCGGGGGAGACAGGGAGUGGGCGGGCUCUCCAUAACCCGGCUGUAGCUGAUCUUCGGGGGUCUACAGCUGGAGUGUUUUUGGAGCUUUGUUCUCCCACACCGCUGGAGGAACAGGAUCAGCUGAACUACAGAAGAAAUGAAUGUAUUUCUUCUGAAAUUUAUCACCACAAAAAAAAAGGAAAUUUCACAAAAACCAAUAUUAAACUGCUGAAAUUGGUGAAGCACAAGGCAUCCGGAAGAAUCUCCAGUACCUUCUGUUUGUUGUUUGGUACAUCUCACAGAAAAAUGAUGCCAAGUCCGGGCAGGGAGAAAUUUCAGAGUUUUACUACAGAGAGUGAUCUCAAACAACAGCAAAAUAUUCACACCGGAGAGAAACCGCAUCACUGCACAGACUGUGGGAAGAGUUUUAAUCGACUGAAUGAUCUUAAAAUCCACCAGCGUAUUCACACUGGAGAGAAACUGUAUCACUGUUCAGAGUGUGGGAGCAGUUUUACUACACAGACUCGCCUCAAAAUACACCAGCGCAUUCACACAGGAGAGAAACCACAUCACUGCUCAGACUGUGGGAAGCGUUUUAAUCAACUGAGUCAUCUUAAACUUCACCAGCGCAUUCACGCUGGGGAGAAACCAUAUAACUGUUCAGAAUGUGAGAAGCGUUUUAAUCAACUAAGUCAUCUCAAAAUACAUCUGCGCAUUCACACAGGAGAGAAACCGUAUUACUGUUCAGACUGUGGGAAGAGUUUUACUACACAGCGUGGGUUCAUAGAACACCAGCGCAUUCACACAGGAGAGAAACCAUAUUCAUGCUCAGACUGUGGGAAGAGCUUUAAUCGAAAGAGUGAUCUCAAAAUCCAUCAGCACACUCACACGGGAGAGAGACCGUAUUACUGCUCAGACUGCGGGAGCAGUUUUACUACACAGAGUGAUCUCAAAAAACACCAGCGUGUUCACACAGGAGAGAAACCGUAUCAGUGCUCAGACUGCGGGACCAGUUUUACUACACCGAGUAAUCUCAAAAGACACCAGCGCAUUCACACAGGAGACAAACCGUGUCAUUGCACAGAAUGUGGGAAGAGUUUUAAUCAACUGAGUACUCUCAAAACGCACCAACGCAUUCACACAGGAGAGAAACCGCAUCACUGCUUAGACUGUGGGAGCAGUUUUAGGCAUUCCAAAACAUUAAAGAAGCACAAGUGCACUGAGAUCAAUGAUUUUGCAAAUGAAUGUGCUUGAGGGUUAUGGUGUAUUAAUCUAUGAUCUAAUAAAAUGUAACAUUAUCAGAUGAAAGGGGUAAGGGAGUGACUAAAUUAGCGGAGCAAAAGGGCAUACUGCAAGAGACCGUUGAAAACCUAAAGAAAGCAGAAUUUGUUGUUAACAGAAUCUUUCAGGGAACACUCAAGUGUUCUCUUAGCCUCUCACCAUGCUUUUAGUUUCCAUGCUGUUCACUCUCUCUGUAUCUGUAAUGCUGAUAUGUGGGUUUUAGUAAUAUAUAAUGUAAUUAUAUAAUUUUAAACUUGG